AUGAAUAUUCAACUCCUCGAUUCAGAUCAUGUCAUAGACUUCAGGCGAUAUUAUCUAUAUGGGUUUCUCCUCAACCUUGUACCAGUGUAUCUCUUCUAUCCCGUAAGAACGGCAAAAACUAUUCAACAAUCGAAUAUCGGAACCUCAUCAACAACCUUCCUUGGAAAAGUUUUUGCUGAAAGGGUAAAAUCAGAAGGGUUUCGCGGUUUAUACAAAGGUGUUGGUGUUUAUGCAAUUGGUAGUAUCGGUGGACGUUUGGUUCACUUUUCUACGUAUGAUGCGUUACGAGACCGAGUGUAUAAGGGUCGUGGCAACACCGUAGGACUUGGAUGGUUGGAGGGUUCUAGCCCAACUACGAUCAAUGCUUUCAUUGGAACAUUCAGCGCUCUGACUACAUCUAGCUUCAUGGUUCCCUUCGAUGUGGUCUCACAGCAUCUCCAAGUUUCAAAACCACCGUCUCCUAACACAAACAACGUUACAUCUCUGAACAACAACAAUUCGUCUACAUCUUCAGCAGUACCAAAACGUGCAAUCUCUACUACCACAUCACAAAUUCAACAUUCAUUCACUCCUCAUAAUAUAAAAUCAUUGAAUAGCAUUAAUAAUAACUCUGUAUUAUCCUCAAUUUCGUCGACCAAAAAUCUCAUUCUGAACCUGAAGCCAAAGGAUGUUCCGCUUCACCAUUUUCUCUAUCGCGGCUGGUCCGCCAGUCUACUCAACACGAUGUCAUUCUAUCCCGCAUACUUUUUCACUUAUUCAUAUACCUUAGAACAAAUACAUCGAAAUAAGCAUCAUCUUUCCUUCUUGCAUUCAUCUCAUUUCCUUCUCUCGGUGUCAGGAGGUGUAGCUGCUGGAAUUAUUGCGACUUUAACAUCCGCUCCAUUUGAUGUAGUGAAAACCAGAAUACAGAUUGCACGUAAGGCUGGCCAUGGUGACUUAAAAUGGUGGAAUAUGGCUUCCAGUAUUGUGAAAACCGAAGGUUUUAAAGGCUUGUUCGUGGGAACGUCAGCCAGGAUGUGGAUAAUUGUUCCUUUGGGUAGUUUGAAUUUCUGGGUAUUCGAAAAAGUUAGGCAGUGGAGUAUCGUAAAGUUAAAUAGUGAGGAAACAUAG